AUUUUGUGCGUAUGCUGCCUCCAUGUUGACGACGUUGAUCCAUCCAAUUAAUUUUUCUUUUUUGUUUUUCUGAGCAUAACCCGAAUCCCGAGCUCUUCCUCCUUCGACUCCUACGCCAUUUGAAAUUGAGAUACGCCAUGGGCGUAGAAACGCUUCACACUGUACACAAACACAAACUCGUGUUUUCCUCUUGUUUUUUCAAUCGCGAUUAGUUUUCUUUCAAUAAUCAGUCAUUUUGAGAGUGCAUUGUGACUUAAAAAGUAAUCAAUCAUGACAAUGGCAAUGCUGCAGAGGCGGGCAAAUGUCCGUUUGCCCCCGGAAGUGAACAGAGUUCUCUACAUCCGAAAUCUACCUUACAAAAUAACAGCGGAGGAAAUGUACGAUAUUUUUGGCAAAUAUGGAGCCAUUCGCCAAAUUCGAGUUGGAAACACUGCCGAAACAAGAGGAACCGCAUUCGUCGUCUACGAGGAUAUAUUCGAUGCGAAAAACGCUUGCGAUCACUUGAGCGGUUUCAACGUUUGCAACCGUUAUUUGGUUGUGCUUUAUUAUCAGAGCAACAAGGCGUUCAAACGAGUAGAUGUAGACAAAAAAAUGGAGGAGAUUGACAAGUUGAAAACAAAGUACAAUUUGAACGAGGAGAAGAAAUAAUUUUCUAGCGCAAUCUCCAAAAUCUUAUUGACUGUAAAUAUAAAUUAAUCACGUUUAUUUUAUAUGCAUAACUGUAAUUUAAAAAAUAAAAUCUGAAGAAUGAA